AUGUACUGCCUGGUUUCGAAGCGUCCAGCUCAGUCCAUAACGAGACCAAGAUCUUCUGGAACAAGCGAGGAGCCUUCCCCACAUCGACCAGGAGCACCCAUCCUUAUGGCAGACUCUGGUUACAGUUCUUGCCAAGAAAGAUGGAUCGGCUAUCAGUGCAACUGUUACUUCCUUUCCAGUGAAUUCAAACCUUGGAAUGAAAGUAGUGAUUUCUGUGCUUCUCAGAAUUCCACCCUACUUCAGAUGGACAACAGAGAUGAAUUGGAUUUUAUGAAGUUUAAUGGAUACUUUUACUGGAUUGGAGUGACCUACAGCGCAAAUCAAAGUGCCUGGGUGUGGCUAAAUGGUUCUGUUGUCUCCCAGAAAUUAUUUCCCCUCCCUCAAACUGCAAAUACAAAGAACUGCGUAUUAUACAGAGCAAAGGGUAAAGUUUUGUAUGAUGAUUGCCAGUCGAAAAACCGUUAUAUCUGUAAACAACUUACUUAG